AUGUAUAUAUUAUGGAUUGCUAAAGAAGGAAAAAUCCACAAGCGGCUUUCCGUCCAUGGAAUUCACACUGUGAAGGAUCUCUUGCAGUUAUUCACAACCAACACAUCUUCAUUAUAUGAGAAAUUUGGAAACAUUCCAAAUAAGUCAUCGUUAGCAAUUAUUGAACAUGCCAAGACCUGUGUGAUAGAUGAUUACAAGCUUUACAGCUACCACACAAUAGAGCAACCAAUAAUUCUGUUAUUCAAUUCCAUCUUCAAACUUUUGGGAGUGACAUUUGAUUGCCAAAAUUAUUAUUCACCAGAGACUCUCGCGCCAAGCGAGAAGCAUUUGGUAGAAAUAGUGAAGCAAGAUGCAUACAAAAACGUGAAUAACUUGAAACCAAUGGAUGAAGCUAUAUUGAACUGCUUAAACCUAGAGGCAUGUCUAAAAUCAAGGCACUCAGUUGCUCCAGUUCAAGAUCUGCAAUAUAUUGAUAUCUCAGCAUCACAAGGAACAUGGCCAGGUUAUGUUCAACCAUUUAUCUCUGCUUCAUAUAUUGAUGAAACAAUGUAUGAUUCCCAAAUCUAUGCUGAUCCAGUGCCAGAAGCAAGAGAAAUACCACAAAACAUUCUUGUGGAUGAUGAAUUUUCCUUAGGAAUGUACAUAGAAGGGGAUAAUUGGCACUUCAAUGGAUCACAUUUUCCACAUAUGCAAUGUGGUUAUCCAACACAGAAUGAGAAUUCAGAAAAUGGCUUUUACUUUGGUUCUUGUGAUGGAGCAGCAUUUAGCAGCCAUAACACUUUGCUGAAUCAUGCUAUGGAUAUAUCAAGAAGUGGGAAACCAAAAGUAGAGUGGUGCAAGAUUCGAGCUGCGAUCAAAUGGGUCAUAUCAGUGAGAAAAGAUGCAGCUGCUAGGAAGAAUGCAAUGUUGGUUUAA